AUGGCGCCGAAACGCGGAAAGGCAGCGGACAAAGCCACACAGGAGGACUAUGAGUCCAUGACCCUGGCAGUGCUCAAGAGCAAGGCCCAGGAGCUUGGAAUUGUUCAAAGCGGCACCAAGAAGGACGGGACAGCGCUAAGAACAGCCUCACUUUGCGAGCGCAUGUACCGAAUUGCAAGAUGGACUUCAAUUGAUCGGCAUGAGGUGGUAUGA